CGGGAGUUGCGUCGGGACAAGCGAUCUUGGCGGCUGCUGCAGGCUUCAAUCUGGGCUGGCCUGCGAUGGAGCCCCCCGCCCGGACCGAGAAGGAGAGUGGAAGAGGCGCGGCGUCAGGGGAGUGCAUGAAUAGGAUCUCGGUGCCGAGACCUCCCUCCAUUGAGGAAUUCACCAUAGUGAAGCCCAUUAGCCGUGGUGCCUUUGGGAAGGUGUAUCUGGGGCAGAAAGGCAGCAAAUUGUAUGCGGUGAAGGUUGUCAAAAAAGCUGACAUGAUCAACAAAAAUAUGACUCAUCAGGUACAAGCUGAGAGGGAUGCACUGGCACUAAGCAAAAGCCCUUUCAUUGUCCAUUUGUACUAUUCACUGCAGUCAGCAAACAAUGUCUACUUGGUAAUGGAAUAUCUUAUUGGUGGAGAUGUCAAGUCUCUCCUACAUAUAUAUGGUUAUUUUGAUGAAGAGAUGGCUGUGAAAUACAUUUCUGAAGUAGCAUUGGCUCUAGACUACCUUCAUAGACAUGGAAUUAUCCACAGGGAUUUGAAACCAGACAAUAUGCUUAUUUCUAAUGAAGGUCAUAUUAAACUAACAGAUUUUGGCCUUUCCAAGGUUACUUUGAAUAGAGAUAUCAAUAUGAUGGAUAUCCUUACAACACCUUCAAUGGCUAAACCUAGACAAGAUUAUUCAAGAACCCCAGGACAAGUAUUAUCUCUCAUCAGUUCUUUGGGAUUUCAUCCAUCAGUUGCAGAAAAAAAUCAAGACUCUGCAAACACUCUUUUAACCCAUGUAUCAGAAACAUCGCAGCUUUCUCAAGGACUAACUUGUUCUAUGUCUAUAGAUCAAAAAGAUGCUACUCCUUAUUCUAGCAAACUACUACAAUCAUGUCUUGAAACAGUUUCUUCCAACCCCAGAAUGCCAGUGAAGUGUCUAACUUCUAAUCUACUCCAGUCUAGGAAAAGGCAGGCCACGUCAAGUACCAGUAGUCAGUCCCACACCUUUGUAUCCAGUGUGGAAUCGGAAUGCCACAGCAGCCCCAGAUGGGAAAAGGAUUACCAGGAAAGUGAUGAUGCAUCGGGCACUACAGUGAUGAAUUGGAAUAUAAUUGAAAAGCUUUCAUGCACAAAAUCUGCAAAUGCCAUUGAAACCAAAAGUUUCAGUGAAAAGGAUCUCGAGUUAGCCCUUUCUCCCAUUCAGAACAGCAGUGCCAUUCGUGCCACUGGAAGCUCUUGUGUAAACUUUGCUAAAGAAUGCUUCUCUGGAGAAGUUUCUUGGCAAGCUAGAGAACUGGAUAUAAAUAAUAUUAAUAUGGCCACUGACACAAGACAGUCUGGUUUCCAUCAGUCAACUCAGUGGCCUUUGGAAGAGCACCUUGGGAAAAGAAGUAGUAAGAGAAAUUUUGAGUUAGUUGAUUCCAGUCCUUGUCAGGAAAUUAUACAGAAUAAAAAAAGUUGUAUAGAAUAUAAGCAUAGCAACAAAAUGAGAGGUUGUUAUACAAAUCAAAGUACAGGCUUAACGACUGAAGUCCAGGACCUUAAGCUUUCGGUACAUAGAAGUCAGCAAAAUGACUGUGCUAAUAAGGAGAACAUGGUCACUUCUUUUAUUGAUAAACAACAAACACCAGAAAAAUCACCGAUCCCAAUGAUCGCUAAAAACCUUAUGUGUGAAUUGGAUGAAGAUUGUGAGAAGAAUAAUAAGGACAACUCAAAUUCUAGUUUUCUUUGUUCUGAUGAUGAUAGAGCUUGCAAAAGUAUUCAUAUGGACUCUGAUUCAUCUUUUCCUGGAAUUGCUGUAAUGGAAAGUCCAUUAGAACGGCAGUUGUUAGAUCCAGAUAAAAGCGUCAAAGAAUAUUCUUUUGAGGAAUCAAAUGUUGAAGACCUACUUACUGCAUCACCCAGCUGCCAAGAAAAUACUUUGCCAAAGGGGGAUGAGAAUACUGCUGUCCAAGGCAGUAACCAAAAAAUGUUAGCUCCUUCUUCUUCGGAGGUGUUGAAAACAUUCACCUUCUCUAAAAGAAAUGCUGUAGCUUUUCGAAGUUUUAACAGUCAUAUUAAUGUAUCUAAUAACUCAGAACCAUCCAAAAUGAGUAUUAAUUUAGAUGCAAUGGAUAUUUCGUGCGCUUAUAGUGGUUCAUAUCCCAUGGCCAUAACCCCUACUCAAAAAGGAAGAUCCUAUAUGCCAUGUCAGACCCCAAAUCAGGUCAAGUCAGGAACUCCAUAUCGAACUCCAAAGAGUGUGAGAAGAGGGGCAGCCCCAGUGGAUGGAGGGCGAAUUCUGGGAACCCCAGACUACCUCGCACCUGAGCUCUUAUUAGGCAGGGCCCAUGGUCCUGCAGUAGACUGGUGGGCACUUGGAGUUUGCUUGUUUGAGUUUCUAACAGGAAUUCCCCCUUUCAAUGAUGAAACACCGCAACAAGUUUUCCAGAAUAUUCUGAAAAGAGAUAUCCCUUGGCCUGUAGGUGAAGAAAAGUUAUCUGAUAAUGCUCAAAGUGCAAUAGAAAUACUUUUAACCAUUGAUGAUACAAAGAGAGCAGGAAUGAAAGAGCUGAAACCUCAUCCUCUCUUCAGUGACGUGGACUGGGGCAGUCUGCAGCAUCAGACGAUGCCUUUCAUACCCCAACCGGAUGGCGAAACAGAUACAUCCUAUUUUGACGCCAGGAAUCAUGCUCAGCACCUGACCGUAUCUGGAUUUAGUCUAUAGCACAGACAUUUUCCCUUUAACCUUGUCUCACAGCAUACGCUAGCAUAAUUCUAUAGUCCUUAAUACUAGGUUGAUCUAAGGGGAAAAAAGCAUUAUUUUACCUGGAUCGGUGAGCUUUUAAUGUAUGUCCAGUUUCCACAGAGGUACAAGGCUAUCAAGGAUAUAAUCAGGAAUUUAUCUUAAUCUCAGAGCUGUUAAGUCUUCAAAGCUUUUUUCAUCUUAUUUAUUUUAUUACUGCACUUUAUGAAAAUUCAUGCAUCAAUCAAAUUUGCAGUGACACUACCACGUUAGAGAAAGAGUGAGCCUUGAGCUCGGUUUUUUUUCUUGUGUUGAUUUCAGUCCACCAUUCUGUUUGGUAUGAAAAUAAUGAAAACAUCAUACAGUUUUAUUUUAAUGUAAUUUCUUUGUACGUUAUUGCCUGCAAAAGCUGUAGUCUCCAAGGCAGUCAUUGAAGGCUGCAUAUGUGAGCUCAACAUGCAGCUGGAAAGUUCUUCACUCAGUAAUGUAACUCCUUUGGGGAAUGAGGAAGAAACAAAAGGACUAAGGUUUUAGCUUACUUUCCUAUGAAUAGUUUGCUGCCUUGACUGCUUCUGGUAUUUUCUCUACAAUACAUAUUUAUUUGUUUAAAAUAGUACUGGAAGGCUUAGGUGUGAUUACUGUAGCAAUUUUAACAGCUUGUUCAGUUUUAAUAAAAAAAUGUGAUGGCUUACUUCUUAAAAUAAUUUGUUUAAAACAUAUGCAACAUUACCAGAAACAGCUUGAUCCUUUUAAAAAAUGUACUUUUGCUUAAUAAAUAUAAUUGUAACAUACUUCAAAUCUAUUAUCUGUCAACAUCAUUCUUUUAAAUAUGUGUAUACACAUACAUACACACAAACACACACACACUACGAUUGAGCUUCACAAGUCGUAUCUUAAAUUCACUGAGGCUUUCAACAUACCCCACAAAAGAGCAAAGUUCAAAUUUAAAUGUACCACAUGUAAUUCUUCUGCUUAUCUAUUAAACACUAUUGUUCGUUUUGCACUUUGGCUUUAGUGUUUUUACUUUCCAUUACCAUCCCGGUA